UAUGGCUGCAAGAAGAUAUUAUCUAGAUGAAGAUUCAGUUGAAUGUGCCAUAUGCUUAGAGUCAUAUAUUGGAAAAGAUCCAAGAGUUCUGCUUUGUCAGCAUAUUUAUUGCCUACAAUGUUUAAUUGAUUUGCCUGUUGCAGAAUCUCAAAUUACUUGCCCCAAGUGUAGAGAAAAAUGCAAACUACCUCAAGGUAAAGUAAGUAACCUUAGAAGGAGUCUUAUUGCCAAUUCUUUUCGAGAAGUAGCUUCUAGUGAAAAAGUAGAUAGAAAGCAAAAGAAAAAAGGAUCCUGCCUCUGUAAAGUCAAUAAGGAAGACAGUCUGCUCUAUUGUAACACCCACAAUGUAGGAAAUAUAUGCGCAUCAUGCAUAGAAGAAAAUCAUUUCAACUGCGAGAUUUGGCCACAAAUGAAGAAAGUUAAGAGAGAUGAGAAAAUAAAAUCUUAUUUAGAAGAUGAGAAGAUAAACAGAGAGAAAAUUGAACAGAAAUUAGAUAAAAAAAAGAAUGAUUUUAUCAGAAAGAUUGAAGAGGAUUUUGAAAAGAUUAAAGGAGAAUUUCAAAUAGCUACAAUUGAAAGACAAAAUGAACUGCACAAAAUCCUAGAUCAUACAAAUCUGGACGAACCAUUAUCGAAAAGAAUAGAAAAGCUUUUACAACUAAAACCAACAGUAGAAAUCUUAAAUGAUAUCAGAGUUGAUUACAGACUGGAUGUAACCAGUGUAAAAGACUGCCCUUUGAAUGAUAAACCGAAUUCGAGUCAUUCAGAAGCAGAAACACCAUUUGUAAUAAAAUACCUUACUGGUCAAACUACUGUUCCAGUUAAUAUAGCAGAAAACAGAGAUUUUAUCAACACAUUUACAAGACUAUGCAAUAAAAUUGCUGAAUCAUCAUAUACUGUGACAGAGAUUAAUUUAGAAGAUCGUUUUCUAAGUGAAGAUGAAUCUAGAAAAAUUGGAAAUAUAAUUAAAAAAUUUAAUAGAUUACAGAAAAUUGAUUUAACCGGAAAUGACGAAAUGAGAGAUGGAUUAUCUGAGAUUUGUAAAGGACUUGUGCAAUCAUCGACCACUUUAAAAGAAUGUCAUUUGAGUUUUUGCAACAUAACCAUUUCACAAGCAAAACAUUUUGGAAAUAUGUUACAGAAAUGUUCAAAAAUUGAAAAAUUAGAUUUUUCUGGAAAUAAUCAAACGGAAAAUGAAUUAGAAUAUAUUUGCAAUGGAUUAGUUAAAUCGUCAAAUACUUUAAAAGUCAUUGAUUUUGGUUCUUGCGAUUUGGACAAUAAUCAAUCAACAAUUAUUGCAAAAUUGCUUCAAAAAUGCUCUAAAAUAGAAGAAAUCAACCUUAGUAUGAAUGAAAAUAUGGGAAAAGGAUUACAGAAAAUUUGUGACUCACUCAUUCAAUCUUCAAAUACUUUAAAAGAAAUUGAUUUUAGUGACUGCAAUCUAACUGAAACUCAAGCAGGAAAUAUUGGAAAUAUGCUUAAAAAAUUGUCUAAAAUUGAAUCAAUCAAUUUACAUAAUAAUGUUAAUAUGGGCAACGGUUUAAUCAACAUUUGCAAUGGUUUGGUUCAAUCCUCAAAUACUUUAAAAUAUCUUAAUCUAGGGAAAUGUAAUCUAAGUAAAAUUCAAGCAGCAAAGAUUGGAAAAAUGCUUCAAAAUUGCUCAGCUAUAAAUUCUAUUGAUUUAAAUUACAGUAACUGUAUGGAAAAUGGACUAAUUGACAUUUGUUAUGGACUGCUUCAGUCAUCAAACACCCUAAAGUUACUUUAUCUGGUAAAUUGUAAUAUAAACGAAUCUCAAGCAACAAAGAUAGGAGUUUUGCUUAAAACAUGUUCCAAAAUGGAAAAUAUCAAUUUAACUAAGAAUUGUUGUAUGGGAAAUGGAGUAUUAAAAAUUUGUGAUGGAUUAUCUCAAUCAAAAAAUAGUUUAAAAUUUAUAGAUAUGAAACAUUGCAAUCUAACUAAACAACAAUCUGAAAAAUUUAAAUAUUUAUUUGAACCUUAUGGGAUUAGCUUGAAUUUAUAA